AAUUCCUGCCGCGUUCGUUCUUAUUUCUUACAGUAAAUGUGAUGUGCUGUGAUACCAGCACUCAGUGUUGAUCAGUGAGCGUCGUGUGGACCGCGAAGUGACUGAGCAAACCGGCGUAUAUUUAUUUUGUGCCAUAUGAUGAACAGAAAAUGACAUCGACUACAACUAUAAGAAAGUCGUACGGGAACAGGAAGAUCUUUACGUUUCCUGAAGAUUAUUCCCUGCGAUCGCCCAGACAAAGGCCGAGUUCGGCCAAUAUCCCAAAGAAAAAUGAAGAAAUUGCCAAAGUAAUUAAAUACAUCGAUGACAACGUAAUUGGAAAAAAUAAUGCCUUCCUGGGACCGUUCGGCCGAAGAAAGGUUGUGUACUGUGAUUACGCAGCUUCUGGAAGAUCGCUUCAAUUUAUAGAAGAAUAUAUCACACGCGAAGUUCUUCCAAGUUAUGGGAAUACACAUUCAACAACUAGCAUAACGUCACUCCAAUCAACAAAUUUCAGACAAGAGGCUAGAGAUAUCAUUAAGAAUGCAGUGAACGCUUCUGAAGCUGAUGCCGUCAUCUUCACCGGCCAUGGUUGCACGGAUGCCCUCCAAAAAUUAAUCAGUGCGUUGGAUUUGCGGGAACCUCCUAUAGUUUUCACCGGUUCCAGCGAACAUCACGAUAAUCUUCACUUAUGGCAAGAAAUUGGCGCAAAGAUGAUCAGGAUCGCGGAGACCAAGGAAGGUUAUUUGGAUUUGGACGAUUUGGAGAACCAGCUACGGUUUCACCAAAGCUACGGAAGACAAAUGAUUGGAUGUUUUUCGGUUGCGUCGAAUGUCACUGGUAUUGUAAUUGAUGAUAUUGCCUGUACUAUUCUACUCCAUCAGUACCAAGCACUUGCGUUUUGGGAUUAUAAUAUAGCUGCUCCUUGUAUUACAAUAGACAUGAAUCCUCUUGUACCUGGCGUCGAAGAAAACUCGGCUAAUAAAGACGCCAUUUAUUUCUCUGGACACAAGUUUAUUGGUGGUGUCCAAACACCUGGAAUUUUAAUUGCCAAAAAAGCUAUAUUUAGACGUCUGAAUUCGUGCGAUACGGACGGAUUUUUCACAUCUCAGGAAUACAAUAAAAGCUUUGAGAUGCAGGAGGAGGGCAGCUGUGCAGCUGUAGUCGAAUCAAUCAGGGCCGGACUAGUGAUGCAAUUAAAAGAAACUGUAGCCGUUGCCAACAUAUUGCAGAGACAAGAGAAGAUUAACAAACAAAUGCUGCAGCACAUUCGCACUAUCCCUGAAAUUAUUUUAUUGGGAAACAACUCUCCAAAUUUGAGAAGACUUCCGGUCUUUUCCUUCAUGGUGAGGCAUCCGAGGGGCACCUUUUUGCAUCAUAAUUUUGUGUGUGCCGUCCUCAACGACGUGUUCGGUAUUCAAGCCAGAGCUGGAUGUCCAUGUUCCGGAGCGUACGCCCAGGACCUUCUAGGAAUUGACCCAUGUCUUGCGGACCAAUACGAGAACAUUAUCUUAGAAGACAGGAGACUGAGUAGUUUGGAUCUUGAAGUCGAUAAUUCGCAUUUAGAAUUACUAAGGCCUGGUUUUACAAGAAUAAGUCUUCCAUAUUUCAUAAACGACGCCGAGCUAGCUUUUAUCAUGGAAGCUGUUAAGAUGGUGGCUACCGAAGGUUGGAAGUUAUUGCCUCAGUAUGUUGUUGAAUUAGAAUCUGGGCAGUGGCGUCAUCACACUAACGCGAUGAUGAAGGAUAGGAAGUGGUUGUCGUCGAUAAGAUACGUCGACGGUAAAAUGACUAUGAACGAACGAAGAAUUUCUGGCCCGGGUUUGUUCCCGCAGAGCUAUCAAGAGUGUUUGCAGACCGCAAGGAAUGUGUUUAACAGAGCGAGAAAAACUGCAAACAGGCAUCCUUAUACCGAUCAAGGGAUUACGUUUGACGCACGAGGGGAGAAACUUAGGUGGUUCAUGUUGCAGCACGAAGCUCAGAAUAUUUUGACGAGCAAUGCACAAAACAUUAAACAGAAAGUUCCUUUUGACCCCAUUAGUUACGCAGGCUCUAAAAGAACAGAAUGUCAUAAAGAACGUGAACAGACGCCAAAUAAUCCUCCCGUGUCGAAUUCAGGCUCACCUAGACACUUUAGUCUGCCUUCAAUCGACGAUCCAAGAAUUCUGACAUGUUCGUCUCCAGUUCCUUACUUUCUACAAGAUGUUAACGGAUUAUAUUAUCCCCAGUUGAGUCAACCUACGGUGAACUUUGCCGUUGGUGAGACUGUGAAUUCUGCUAAUUUGAACCAUUUACAACAGAACUUUGCCAGAGAGCGUUGUUUAAGUUUAGGUGCUCCAAAUAUGUCUCCGCCCGUUUUAAGUCCACAAACUAGAGUUAGCUUAGGAAUGCGUCAAUUUAGACAAAGAAAUUUCAGUUAUAGUAGUCAAAAUGAAUUACAUUCCUUGGAAUCCGACGCCAAUGUUUCGCCGACUCACAGCUUAAACGUUUUGUCGUCUGGUAGUUACGAAAGUAAUCAAGUGGGGAGAUCAUCCCCCGCCCCGGACAUUCAAACAUACGUUACAGAAAUGACCAAAGAACUUGCCACUAAUAUCAAGUCUGAAAUAAGAGAAGUCAUAUCUAAAGUAGAAGACGUUUUGGAAAAUACCGACAGUAUUGAUAUGAGUUGUAGGUCUUAUUGUUACGAGAAACAUGGAAGUGGGAGCGAAGAUGGUAGAAGCGAUUCAAUAUCAGCUAACGAAGUGGCCGAAUAUAUCGAAAAGGUGUCAAUAGAGAUGGCUAAUGAAGUAAAAUCAGAAAUCCGAGACGUUGUUAGUGCCGUCGAUGUCUUCAUUACUCCAGAUAAUCAAGAGAAACAUACAUACUCGAGAACUUCUAGCUCAAGCGAUGACAAAAAUAGCACUGAACUAACAAAGAACGAAAUCUACACUCCAGGUUCCAGUAGCGAAACGGUUAUCCAUUUAAUCAAGAAAACGACCAGUGCCAAUAGACUAAGCGACGAAGAGACUCAAGCAAAUGAACAACAAUACAAAAACAAAAUCUUAACGUCUACUGUAGCUAGCGUUAGUUCGCAAGAUAGCGGAAUUAAUCUGUCAUUCCACGACCAAGAAUAUUUUACCAGCGAAUUUGCCAAGACUAGAAGCAACUCGGAAUCCUUGACUAAUCGCAAAUCUGAAACGGACGAAGUGAAAUUUUCCACGUUACAAAAACAAAAACAGAAAUACACGAGGACGACUAGCGACAGCGGUGCUCUAGAAGCAGCGGCGUCAAAAUGGAUGUGUUCCCCUAAAACAAUUUGGCAGCCUACUGUAGAAGCCAUUCAAGAGUUCGAAAUGAUUAAAGAUGGUGAUAACGUGAUGGUGUGUUUGUCCGGUGGAAAGGAUUCGUUAAGUUUAUUACAUACUCUCUUACAAUUCCAAAGUUACGCGCAGAACAAAGGAAUCCUGUUUAGUUUAGGAGCUGUUACCGUGGACCCGGACUCUUCAGGAUGCGAUCCUUGCAUACUCAUUCCUCAUUUACGAAGUUUAGGCGUACAUUAUAUUAUCGACGACAAGAAGAGCGACCCUGGAGAUGAAUCAGAACAACGCGAAGAAGCCAAAGAAAAUCUUUAUAGCUUUCGCACGUCAAGUUUACGGCGUCGUUUGUAUUCAUCGGCCAAAAGUUCAGGAUAUAAUGUUUUGGCCAUCGCCCAACAUUUGGAUGAUCUCUGCGAAAACUUCUUCCUUUCUGUGUUCCACACCGGAAGAUUGAGGACCAUGAGGGCUCACUACUACAUUAAGGAAUACAAGCUAAGAGUUAUAAGACCGUUUGUGUACGUCCGUGAAAAAUAUCUGCGUCAGUUUGUCAGCAACCAGAACUUGCCAGUCUCUAGCAACAUUAUUAGCCCGGAUCUAACCAAGGAGCGGCAAAGAAUCAAGCAAGUGCUCACUCAGCAAGAAAUUCUCUUUCCGAAAUUGUUCACGAGUCUUCGUUCCGCUUUACAUCCACUGAUAGGCUUCCAAAUAAAAGAAUGCGAGGUUAAAUAUAGGCGGAGAUUGAAGUCAAAGGAUAAUGAUGAUUGCUCUGAAAAUGAGACUGAUGAGGAACCGGUUGUUUCGGGGGACUCAACUUGCUAAUUUAGUUUCUGUUCAGUUCCACGAUUUUUCAAACUAUUAUUUCUUGGUGUUUUACAGAUUUACGCUAAUGUCUAUUAUGUUCGUUGACAACAAAAGGCAGUUAUGGAUGAGUAGCGCGAAAAGAUUGCCAGUGAAAUUCUUGAUCUGUUACUUACACAAAUGUUACGUCUGAACGAGGUUGAUUUACUGUUUUUAAACCGUCCAUACGAUGUUUCGAACUUUUACAAGAGAGAAGUAAUCUCUUAUUUACAAACUGGAUAUUUAAAACUGUGAAACAGUUUUAAACGUUAUAGCAACGCGUACUUAUACUUUAUUCAAUCAAACCUAAAGAUACAGGGUAGUAAUUUUCCUAAUGAUGUCGGUACUAAAAAUGUUUGAAACGUAAAAGUUUAAUUGCUGCAAUACAAAGCAAAAACAAAAGUAGUCGUGUUGUUUUGUAUAAUUGUGACUUCCUUGAUUUUCGAUUGGACUAAGUUCGAAAUUUUAUCCAGAAAAGGUCACAAUUGAAGAGGGUACGACACAUUUGGGUUUAAUUUUAAUGAAUACGUCCUAGCACAACUAUUUAUGUUUGUCUGUAAGAAUCUCAUGACGUUACCUACUUGAAAUCGAGAUUAGGUCCAGAAAUUUUUUAUUCAGUCGGUUUGACAGUGGACGGCUUACAAACUGUAGACACAUUUUCAUUAUUAAUGACUUUAAAUUUUGUACAAUUUUUUUGUAUUGUGAUGAAAGGGGUCUUAAAAGUCGUUCAAGGUAGACUUCACAACGGUUGAUUUUUCAACUCAAGAUUUUUAAGACCUUAUUAAAUUUUUUUCCAGUGUGAUUGGAAAAAAGAUGAUAUUAAUGACUGAGUUAAUUUUUAUAUUGUAUUUAAUUUCUACUUAAUGUUAAAUGCAUUUUUUAGUUACGUAUGACUUUUCGCAGUUUGUGUAUAGUGUUACUUUGGUAUGGAUUGUGCAUAUUGACAUUUUAAUAAUUAUAAGUUUCCUUUAGGGAGUGUGAUUUGAAAGUAUAUAAUUGUUGCAUUCGGAUUUAAGAUAUUUAAUAAUGUUAACAUGAGUGAAAUGUAUUUUAUUUCCUAAAACUGUAAUAAAAUAUGUAAAAUUCAUACAUGCUGCAGUAUCUUACUCAAACCAACAUCGCUACUUAAAAAGCGCAUUUAAUAGAUAUACCACUAGAAGCGUCGAUGACACGCAUAAACAAUCCUACAUUGUUAAAAAAAAAAAAUAAUAAUAAAAAU